AUGACCGCAGAGGAGCCUGGCUCUGGCUCUAAAGCCGCCAUUGAAAAUGUUCCCACUACCAUGCACAUGGAGACAGAAAUAGCAGACUCAAAAUGGAAGUCCGCCAAAGCUGCAGAUGGAGACACGGCGAUGGCGCUUUUCGACGACCCAGACGAACCUUCACGAAGACCUGUUUGCUACGCAUUCUUCUACAUUGAUAAAACGACAUUGAGCUAUGCGGCUAUCUUUGGAGUGCGCGAGGACUUGGAUCUGCAUGGUACGCAGUACAACUGGCUGAGCAGUAUUUUCUACUUUGGCUUCUUGGCUUGGGCGUUUCCAACCAAUUUUCUCAUGCAAAGGCUGCCAAUCGGGAAAUAUCUGGGGGCGAAUAUCUUUAUGUGGGGUGUUUUCCUUAUGAUUCAAGCGGCAUGCAAUACCUUCGAGACACUUGCCGCUCUACGGGCUCUGGGUGGCGCCGCCGAAGCAUGUUCUGACCCCGCAUUCAUGCUUAUCACAAGUAUGUGGUAUACACGUAAAGAGCAGCCUGUUCGCAUCGGUCUGUGGUAUACCGCCAACGGGCUCGGUAUCGCACUUGGCGGGCUUCUAGGAUACGGCAUUGGACACAUCCGGGGUGCAUUGCCCUCGUGGAAAUAUGAAUUCAUUGUGAUUGGUGCUCUAUGUGCUGCAUGGGGAAUCAUCAUGUUCAUCUUCCUACCGGAUUCACCCGUGAGCGCUCCCGGUCUGACAAUGAGGGAGCGCCGAAUCGCGGUUGAACGUAUCCGGGAAAACCAGACUGGUGUUGAGAAUAAGCAUUUGAAACCAUAUCAAAUCCUGGAAGCCUUCAUGGAUUACAAAUUAUACAUGUUCUUCGCCUUGGGAGUGGUUUGCAACAUCCCCAAUGGAGGUAUUUCGAAUUUCGGAACAAUCAUCAUCAAGGGCUUUGGAUUUUCCACACUUGUGACGACACUAAUGCAGGUUCCCUAUGGAGUCCUGAUUGCGCUCUCAAUCUUGGCCUGCGUCUACUUGAAUGAUCGAUAUGAGAACCGCAGAUGCGUAUUUAUCUUGAUCUUCUUAAUUCCAAAUAUUUUCGGGGCUUUUGGACUUCGUUUCGUCCCCGUGGACCACAGUGUAGGCAGGUUGAUCUGCUAUUAUCUCACUGGGCCAUACAACGCUGCCUUUGUGUUGAUUCUGAGUAUGCAAAUCGCCAACACUGCAGGCCAUACCAAGAAGGUCGUCACCAAUGCUGUCCUGUUCCUCGGAUAUUGCACGGGGAAUCUAGCCGGGCCAUUCUUCUACAAGACCGAUCAAUCACCGACGUAUCCUCUCGGAAUUUGGUCCAUGAUCGUGGCGCAUCUGAUCGAAGUGGUACUUAUCUCCGCACUGGGGCGCCCUCUACGAUGGGAGAAUCAAAAACGGGACCGGAUCCAAUCUCAAAUGCCUGGCGGACUGGAGGGUCGAGAUUUGGAUGCAACUGCCUUUUUGGACUUGACGGAUAGAGAGAAUCUCAACUUCCGAUACAUCUACUGA